CGCCACGGCCCCAGGACCCGUUCGCCACCAGUCUACAACUGGCCUUCAUAGAGACGUCUGACAUGACUGACGAUGCGGUGGCGCCACAGUCGCAGCAGCUGCUUAUUCACGGCACUGUGGAUACGGAGAUCCAGCUCAGCCUCGCCCAGACUGCCGACAACGCUUACUUCCAGCUGAACGGCAAGACGCUGACACUCGUGCGACCGCUCGACCGCGAGAGCGUUCCAGCGGGGCUCAACACCUUAGAUGUACAGGUGCUAUGUCGUGACAUUCACACCAACAGACAGCGCACCAUCGUGGUCACGGUGACGGUGACGGAUAGGAACGACAACGCCCCACGUUUCGUCAACCUGCCCUACCACGUAGAGAUAAACGAGCUGACGCCAGUCGGCACCACUGUCUUCCGCAUGCUGUCGGCUGUCGAUGCGGACAAGAGCGCUAACGGACUCGUCAAUUUCGAGGUGGAGCAAGGAGAUGGCAGCGUGCCUGAUGAUAGUAGUUACUUUGCGCAUCAAACUUGCCCUACAAGGGCGUUAUCCAUCUCGCAGGGCCGCUAG